AUGGCAAAACAUUCUCGAAAACGCCAGCGUCUGGAAAAAGCGACAGAAAGCGACAUUGUACCACUGGGUGCACGGCCAUCUCUCACAGACGACGCAAGCAAAGACGACGAGGAGCGACGGCUCGAGAGUUUACUUUUCGGGACGCCGUUCGUGCCGUCUGGGAAAGGCAAGGGGACCAUCCUUGUAGUGGGCAACGAAUCUGACGGCGGAGAUGAGGCGAACGCCGGUGGUGCGGCAGAGUUCGAGGGGCUUUUGGACGAUGAUUUAUUUUUUAUAGACAAUGCUGCGCCGCCCAACAAUAAUACGAUUGCGGAGCCGGACAUAGUAGACUUGGAAGCAUCACAGGGCUCGGUGCAAAGUGGGGAUGAAGCGGACCAGGGGGGAGACGCGGACGGGAACGAGGAUGGAGAUGAAGACGAGGAAGAGGACGAGGACGAGGAUGAAGACGGGAACGAAGAAACACCCCAGAUCAACGCGCCAGAUGAGCAUUCCCUACUCGGAUCAUCUCUCCCAAAAAGUCGCAAGGCCCCGGCAUGGACAGACCCAGACGACAACACCCUCGAAAUAUCCCUCACCUCCUCCACCCGCCUGCGCAAGCUUCGGGAUGCUCCGUCCGAGGACACACUAGGCGGACGCGAAUACGAACGGCGCCUGCGGCGACAAUACGAGAAAAUCCACCCCACGCCAGAAUGGGCCGCCGACGCGCGCAAAAAGCGUUCAAAACGCCGCCGCGAGGAACAGGGGGACAAUGAGGCGGAGGAAAGUGUCGAUGAGCUGGUUUCAUCCACGCGAGGGAUUCUAAGUAGUGACAGGAAGGAAGGAAGGAUUGAGCCGGGGGUGUUGGCUAUCGAGAGGUUGAGAGACGCGAACCAGGCGGCGCAGGCGGAAGGGGAGAUCAAGUCGAUUCAGUUUCAUCCCUCGUCUAGUGUUUCCGUCCUUUUGGCUGCAAGCGCGGACAGGCGCGUACGCCUCUUCAACGUCGACGGCCACACGAACCCCCACCUCCAAACCCUCCAUAUACCCUCGCUCCCUGUCACAAAUGCACAGUUUCACCCAUCUGGGUCGUCUGUCUUACUAACCGGACAACGCCCGUUUUACUACACAUAUGACCUGCAGUCAGGCGCUACCACACGCUCCCCGCGAGGGCUGUGGGGCACGACUUUCAACGCCUCAAAUCCCUCUGCCCAAGACCAGAGCAUGGAUAUCUGCGCGUUUGAUCCUACAGGACAGGUCCUCGCUGUCGCUGGGCGGAGAGGUUACGUGCACCUUGUGGAUUGGACGAGCGGCGGGGGACAGGUUGUCGGAAGCAUCAAGGCAAACGCGUCGGUCAAGGCGCUCUGGUGGGCGCGCGGACCGCGGGGAGGGGCGAGGGAGUUGAUGACAUUGGGAGAGGAUGCGGAGAUCUAUGUGUGGGACGUGGGUGAGCGCAAGUGUGUGAGGCGAUGGAAGGACGACGGGGGAUAUGGCAGUCGAGUGCUCUGCGGAGAUCAGGCGGGAAAUUACGUUUCGGUUGGAUCCAAGUCCGGCAUUGUCAACGUCUACAGUUCUGACGCAGUGUCCUCCGAGAAGGUCCGGCCAAAGCCUCUCAAAGCCAUCGGCAACCUCACGACCUCGAUCUCCGCCGCGCGGUUCAAUCACGACUCGCAGCUGCUUGCCGUUGCUAGCAAUGUCAAAAAGGACCAAAUGCGCCUGAUACACCUUCCAUCACUGACUGCGUUCUCUAAUUGGCCAACUUCGAGCACGCCACUCGGGCAUGUCACGAGCGUCGAUUUUUCCGUGGGGAGCGAAUAUAUCGCUGUUGGGAACACAAGAGGACGCGUGCUGCUGUAUCACCUUCGGGACUUUGGUUCUCGAUGAGCGAUGAUCUAAUUGAUCACAUGCACUCCGUACUAUGCAGGUUAUCGAAACAUAUAUUCGCAGACAAGCGACGGGGCAAGGUAGAAUUGAAAUGGGGAUAAGUAC